AUGUCAUUAGCCGAUAUAGAUGUUUACGAAGAUCCUAUAUUAAAAUUGGCACAGGAUCCAGAUUUAAAUAAAGAAAAAGAAAAAACAAAAGAAUUAAUCCAUAUUAUACACAGCUUUCCAUUAACAGAAAGGAAAGUAUCGAAGCUAUGUCAAUUAUCAAUAACGAUCCUACAAAGUUUAGAGAAGAUAGAAUUAAACUUAAAGAAUUGGGCAUUUCUUUCGUUAGACAUUAAUUCAGAAAACCAUUUUAAUAAAGAUAAUAAUGAAGAUAUCAAGAAUUUCAACAAUAGUAUAUCCUUGAAAGUGUUGAAUAAUUGCAAUGAGUUCAACAGAAAAUUAAAUAAAAUAUCCGUCGAUCUUGACUAUAUCACCAAAUCACUGAGGACGCUAACGCCAUUGGAAUAUAUUCUGGAUAGUGGAACAUUAUUGACUUCUUUAACUUUAAGAAAUAUAAGACUUAAGGAUGAAAUAUCGGACAAGAUAACAAUUGCAUAUCUGAAGGCCAAACUAAUUACAAUAGGAACCGACUUAGAGACAAUGCUAGAAGAUGAUGAAGACAAUUCAACUGCAAUUACAUAUAAAAACUUUGUUGUUAGUUUAUUAAAACAAUUGAAUAAUGCUAUAGAAAUGGAAGAUACAUCCGCUAAGUACGAAUGCUUAGCAGUUAUCAAUGAUAUGGAACAAAUGUUCAAUGUCUAUAAGUUAGACAGAAUACAGCAAAUAGCAUUAAACGAAAUGAAUGAGGAAAAAGAUAAGGAUAUUCUUUCAAUAGAAAAAGAACUAGUCAAUACUGGUUUAAACAAAUCGCGCCACACUGAUAAUGAUAUCUCAGAUUAUGAUGAUGACGACUAUGAUUAUGAUUAUGAUUCUGACUUUGUUUCCUCAUCGAUGUAUUCAUCAUCAGCACCUCUGCAUAACCCUCCACUCAUUCGAUCAAUUACAAAAUCACAACAAAUAAAACCUCCACUGUCACCCAAUAAGGAAUCAACAAAUUUUGGAAGAAGGGAAUCAAUAUCAUCACUUUCAACGUCAGCUUUUCUUCAAAAAACUUCUUUAUCAGAUGAAUUACCAUAUUUGAUGUCUGCAUUUGAUCUGGCAAAGAAUUUUGAAGAAGACGUAAGCCAUUUCAAAGAAAGAGACGAAAAGCCAAAGAACAAGCUGAAGAAGGAAAAUAAUAGGAGGAAUUCUCAGGAUAUAGAGGCCAAUGGAGAAAACUCCCGUGAAAAACAAUUUGCUAGACGUAAACCAAAAUUACCAGAUGGUUCGUUAUAUUCUGAAAGUACACUAUUAUCUAAACCUCCUUUAUCGGAUGCCAGCUCAUAUCUUUAUGCAAACAAUUCAUUACUCUCCAAAUUAGGAAUAAGGCCUCAAGUUAUAACCACAGAAAUGCCAUCUAAGGAGUUAUCUAACAAUACAUCCAUAAAUAUAAAGCAUAAAAUAGAUAAAACACCACAAUUAUACAUUGAAGAUAGACAUAAUAAUGACAAGGAUAAAGAGAAUAGAAAAGUAAUAAAUCCUUUAACUAUUGCCAACUUAGAAAGCCAUAGCUUUUCAGAUCUACUUACAGAGGAUGCUGAUGUUGAAUAG